AUGAAUUUGACCUCAAAGAACAUCGUGAACCUGUCGAUAUUCGCAUCGAUAAACGCACUGUACAUUCUGCUGUACAUUUUCAACCAGACAUUUCUGCAAGUAAUAUGCACCCUAUGUAUUCUGCUCCUCUUAUUAAGCGGGCUACUUGUAUUUUUGCAAGUACAUAAGAUGUCAGAUUAUAAGGAGACUGACAAGCUGGAGAUAGUGUCGAAGGAAAUAAUCGAGAGCUGUAUCAUGUUCAUAUAUGAAUUCAUAAAUGACAAGUUGACUUUAGUCAGAAAAUAUUUAUUGUGGACCAACCGAAUGGAGAAUGUGACUGUAAUUAUUGUGAUUUACUCUGUGGGUAAUUUCCUCUCCUUUGUAAAUUUCAGCGUCCUUUUUUACCUGGUCACUUGGACCAUAUUUUUAUAUAACCAUAUUAACAGUGUGUACAUAACGAAGAUCUGCGAGCUAGCCCAUCCUUAUUAUAUUGACUUGAGAGACCAGGCCAAGUACAUGUUCGAUAACAUCCCCAAGUUGAAACACAUAAAGAAAACCAUUUAA